AUGGGGAGGGGCCAAGCUAACAGUGACUAUGAAAAUGUCAGAAAUGCUCGAAUAUUGGAAAAUCAGGCUCGGUUGACUUCGUUGGGACUGCACAAAACCAUCACCGAGCUCCGAUCCAUAGCUUCAUCUGCAAAACCACCCAAAACCCAUGUCAGAGAUUACCGCAAGAAAGUCUACGAGCUCACCUCUUUGCGCCGCUCUAAUCGCUUGAAGGAAAUAACUGCCACUGCCACUGCUACUGCCACUGUCUCAAAGAACGCUUCAUUUCGACGUUCUGAGAGGUUAAGAGGUAAAUCCGGGAGUUUAACUGGCGGAGAAAGUGAAGAGAGGAGACCUGCAAAUGCGCCUUUGGUGGAUGUAAGGAAAUCGGAGCUCCAGCUUUCUUCCGAGUCUGCGGCUCAGCGUUGCAAUAGCAAGGGCCGUGGCAGUGUCUAUCACCCGGUUUUUGGGAUUCAUUGCCAUUUAUGCAGGUUUUAUGCCUUAACCUUUUGGUUACAAUUUUUUGUCGUCUUUGAGUUGUAUAGCAAGACAGAAUGAAGUUUGAUACUAAGAUAUUAG